UUUUUUAAAGAAAACUUCACACGGUUGUUAUCAUAGAAAUUGCUGGAAUAUAUGUUGUUAUUUGUUUCUCGUUAGCAAAAGUAAAUUAAACGUGAUUGCAUAUUGUUAAAGUAUCAGUAAUGAGUUCGGAUCCAGAAAGAUUUGAUGGUAUGCUCCUGGCAAUAGCAGAGCAACAUGAAGGAGGAGUUCAAGAAUUACUAAAAACCAUUGCUAGUUUCUUGUGUCGUAAAACAGAUUUCUUUGUCGGCGCUGAAUCCGGCGUUUGGGAGAAGCUGGUCAUGGAUAUUUUUAAGGCUGAAGAAAAGAAAGCUCGAGCAGUGCAUGAUAAAAAGAAAGCAGAAAAGGAAAAAUCUGAAAUAAGGCGUGCAGCACAUGAAAAACAGCAAGUUGUGGAACAAAACUCGUCGGCUCAAAUUACAGAACUUACAGAGGAAGAAGCCGAUAGUCUACAGAAGGAGCUGAGUAAUAAAAAGUCUCAAAAAGAACCAGUUAAAGUAUCAAAACCUAUUGAACAAAGUGAGGUUGAUGAGGAAACAGAGAAAAGCGAAGUAGGGAAAUUGAAGCCCAAUCUAGGAAAUGGCUGUGACUUAGAAAAUUACAGUUGGACUCAAACUUUAUCUGAUAUUGAAUUGCGUGUUCCAUUAGAUGUAUCUUUCUAUGUUAAACCAAGGGAUGUUGUUGUCACUUUCAGUAAACAUAAACUGACAGUUGGAAUUCGAAAUAAGGAUCCGAUUAUUAAUGGCACUCUUGAUGCAGAGAUCAAAGUUGAAGAAUCUUCAUGGGUUAUACAAGAUGGAAAAAUCUUAUUGAUAUCUUUAGAGAAGAUCAAUAAAAUGAAUUGGUGGAAAAGAUUAGUUGAUACAGAUCCUGAAAUAAGCACUAGAAAAAUAAAUCCGGAGCCCUCAAAGUUAUCUGAUUUGGAUGGCGAGACAAGAAGUUUAGUAGAGAAAAUGAUGUAUGAUCAAAGACAAAAGGAAUUAGGUUUGCCUACAAGUGAAGACCAGAAAAAACAAGAGAUGAUGAGGAAGUUUAUGGAGCAACAUCCUGAAAUGGAUUUUUCUAAAUGCAAAUUUUCUACGUAGGACUAAUGUUUGCUUACGUACACGUUUUAAACAAACUUGCUGUAUUAUAUGCAUACUUUGUUGCAUACAUUCAUGCUUAUUUAUAUAUUAUAACACAC